AUGGAGCAGAAUAGCAACUCGAUGGAUGACUUUUCCUUAAAUGUGUUUUCAGUUCCUCCAUACCCGAACAGCAGACCUGAUACCCAGGUUUCAGAUGGAGAUAAAGCUGGAGCUACUUUAUUAUUUUCUGGUAUUUUUCUGGGGCUUGUUGGAAUCACAUUCACUGUAAUGGGGUGGAUCAGACAUAAUGGACUUGCAAAUUUUGAGUGGACUCAGUUGUUAGGUCCCAUUCUGCUCUCAGUGGGUGUGACUUUUGCACUGAUUUCCAUAUGCAAAUUUAAGAUGCUUGCAUGCAAAUCAUGUAAGAAUAGUGAGGAGCCCACAUCAGAUACAGACCAGCCCACAGGGGGACAGUCAUUUGUUUUCACUGGGAUUAAUCAGCCUAUAACGUUUCAUGGUGCAACAGUGGUACAAUACAUUCCUCCUCCUUAUACUACUCAGGACGGCAUUACAGGCACUUUACCACCGCUAAUUAGUCCUAACAAUACUCAGCUGAUCAAUGGGACAGCGCCAUCAAUAUUCCCCCCUCAAUAUUAUAGCAUUUAUCCCAUGGACAAUCCAACUUUCAUAGAAGAUGACUCGUUUGCAGUUCCGCCACCUACAGACGAUGGAAGUGAGAGGUCUGUUUGUUUCUUCUCAAAUUCAAUUCAAAAUCUGGAGUGUGUGAGAUGA